UGACGUCACGUGCGUGCAUCACGAAGGAGAUGGAGGAUAAACAAAAAGAGUGAACUAUUGCAAUUUUUCUUUGUUAUUUCCUUAAUAAGCAUUUAUAAUUACAUAAUGUAUCGAAAAUAGUGCAAAAGUCUCCAGAUGAGUUUAUUAGAGAUAGUGAAACUCUCAAGACUAUCGAGAAUGACUGCCCUUGAGGAAUAUUCAGUGGAAGAAUGGAGGAAUAUUUUCAAUGAAUUCCAGAGAAUUAGAGGGGAGCAUUAUUUGGAUCAUGCUGGAGCAAAUCUCUAUUCUGAGACUCAAUUACAAGAGUGCUUCAGGGAUUUGAGUCAGAAUCUCUACUGCAAUCCACAUACGAGUAAAUCUACUGAAGAUCUCAUUGAUCAAGUAAGGUAUCGAAUUCUGGAGCAUUUCAACACUGAUUCGUCCAAAUAUCAUGUCAUCUUCACAUCCGGGACUACGGCAUCGUUGAAAAUUGUUGCUGAAACUUUCAAUUUCACUGGGAAUCACUCACAAUUUCGCUAUUUGCGCGAUAGUCAUACUUCGGUGCUGGGAAUGAGGGAAUUAGUGACGUCUCAGAAAAUUGUUCCAAUUGAGAAAGAUGAACUUUUGGCCAUAUCAAAAGGAAAGUUCCACUGUUUUCCCGAAUCUGAGUCAAAGUCUCUGAUUGUCUUCCCAGCCCAGUGCAAUUUUAAUGGCUUUAAGUAUCCCCUGGAAUUAAUUGAGAACUUCCACUCAAAGAAUCUCCCCAGUGACUUCCAAAAUUCUGAGUGGUUUGUCUGCCUGGAUGCUGCAAGUUUCGUCUCCACCAAUCACCUCAAUCUCAGCCAUUUCACUCCAGAUUUCGUUUGCAUCUCCUUCUACAAGAUCUUUGGCUAUCCUACGGGAUUGGGUGCUCUUCUGGUCAGCAAGAGAGCAGAGGAUGCUCUCAGGAAGCGCUACUAUGGCGGAGGAACUGUAAAAAUUGCCAUGAGUCAGUUAAACUUCCACGAAAAACGAGAUUGCCUCCAUGAGAGAUUUGAAGAUGGAACUAUUCCAUUCAUUUCCAUCAUUUCCCUCCUCCAUGGCUUCAGUACCCUCAAACGUUUGAUUCCCAGCACUCAAGAGGCCAGGACAAUGGAGAGAAUCUCCAGGCAUACGUUCAACCUUGCAAAGUAUCUCAGGGAUCGUCUGGCUGCCUUGAAGCAUACGUCCGGAGAGGAUGUAGUCAGACUGUACAGCGACACGGAUUACAGUUCAUCUUCAGCUCAGGGCGGAAUUGUUAACUUCAACAUUCUCCACAGUGAUGGGAGUUUUGUGGGUUUUGCUGAAUUUGCCUGUAUGGCGUCCAUCUACAACAUUAUCAUCAGGACUGGAUGCUUUUGCAAUCCAGGAGCCUGCCAGAGGCAUCUAAAGCUGAGCAAUGAAGACGUGAGGGCGCACUUUCAGGCUGGUCACAUCUGUGGUGAUGCAUAUGACUUGAUCAAUGGUAUCCCCACCGGAUCCAUUAGAGUCUCAAUGGGGUAUAUGACGACAAAGGCAAAUGUCGAUGCCCUCAUAAACAUGAUUGAGAACUGCUACUGUCGCCCGACCAAGUUACCAGUUCAACUGGAAAGUAUUUCGAGCAUGUACAAAAGAUUUCCAGUAGCAAAAAUGGAUGAGAUAAAAUUAGAAAUGAUUUGCAUCUAUCCCAUAAAAUCCUGUGCGGCAUUUAAAGUUUUUGAUAGAUGGCCAUUGACUCCGCGUGGCUUCCUGUUUGACAGGGAAUGGAUGAUUGUGACGGAGAAGGGGGUUGCAUUGACCCAGAAAAAUAAUACAAGGCUCUGCCUGAUUAGGCCAAGUAUUGACCAGGAAAGGGGUAAGAUGAUUCUCAAUUUUCCUGAAAUGGAGAGCAUUGACGUGGAGUUGAAGUUGAAUGUCGAGAGAGGGAGGAUGAUAGAAGAUUCAAGCCUGUGUCAGAGUAAAGUUUGUGGAGAUCGGGUUCAGGGAUUUGAUUGUGGGGAAAAGAUUGCUCAGUGGCUGGAAGAAGCCCUCAAUAUGCCGGGACUUCGGCUUUUGCGGAAGAAUAAUGAUGAGAAGCGAUUCUUCCGGAAGAAUGGAAGUUUGCAGGAUUGCCCGGAAAUUUCGCUGGCGAAUCAGGCGCAAUUCCUGCUAAUAAAUUCAACGUCAGUCUCAUGGUUGAUGGACCAAGUGAGAGAUUGGGAUGAAGAAGGGGAUCGUGAGGGUCUCCUGUCAAAUGUCAUUGAUCGUUUUCGCGGGAAUAUUGUGAUAAAAUCUUCCAAAAGCUUAGAAGAAGCAGCCUGGAAAAUUGUGCGAAUUGGUCAGAUUCUCUUCAAAGUCGAUGGUCAAUGCACAAGAUGUCAGAUGAUCUGUAUAGAUCAAAGAUCAGGGGAGAAAACUGCUGAGCCACUGAGAACGCUGGCCAGGGAAUUUGAGGGAAAAAUGAAAUUUGGCAUUUAUCUGUCUCAGAUGAAUGAUUUUACUAAUUCAGUACUCAGCUGCAUCGAUAGAAUUGAGAUUGUUGAGUAGAAAUUACUGAAGGACGCAAUCUGUGAUGGGUUGAUGCCGGACAUGACCCAAAUCCUCUCCAGCAGCUGCUUUUUUGGCAUUCUUGGCUACAUCACUGAAGUUCGGAAAGGCCAUAGAUGAGAGUUUGGAGUGAACGGACUUCUCAUUUAUUUGCACCUCGAAUGACCCUGAAAGAUUAGCGACUGGAUCAUGUGAUUCCAUUUCCUACACAACAUUCCGUGAUACCUUGUCUUCCUUUCCGGCACUGAACCUCAGCGUCAGGGACCAAUUUUAGGACAACGUCUCGCAAUUCAGAACAUUGUGACUCGUAAUUGCAGAGGCCACUAGUAUUUUUGUCGGGAAAUAUAAUUAGAAUGGUGCUAAUUCAAAUUUUAUUUUUAACUUUCAGACUUACCAAUAUUCUACAUCUACUUGUACUUUUUCCAUUUAUUGCUAAAUAAAUUGUGUCUUUUUUAUUUAAAUAAAACGGAAAAUAAAAAAAAA